GUACAUACAAACCCUCACCAUGUUGUAAUGGAACAAAAACGACACAAAAUAGAAAGGCGGCUUCCUUGCGGUCGAUCUCAAAGGGUAUAAUUGAAAGAAGACCAACUAUUGUGGGUUUUUGGAAUGCUGGACAUUUCUAUCUCCUAUUCGUCGUAUUUUUCUCACUCGGUUUGCAGUGCGCGUCCCCUAUUGAGUCAAAAUGAGAUCAAAGUCUUCAGCGACAUUUAAGUCUGACAUGCUGUUAUUUUCUAUGAUUUGUUGGAUCACCUUCAUUUUGGGACGAGGCCAGGAGGCGAACCUCUUCCGAGAUCAUGUUAGAACGGAGAGAAGAAGAAGCGAUACCAGAAGCCUUCCAUUUCACCGGGAAACACAACUGUAUUCAAGAGCAAGCAGGAGUCACCUUCGUAUACAUGGAAAACUUAUCGACGCAAUGGGAAGAGAUGGCGAUAAAUACGCCAAGCUGGUCAUCGAGUCAGACAAUUUUGGAAGGGUGCGGAUUCGUGGAGCACUGACGAAUUAUUACUUGUGCAUCAAACGGAACGCAUCGCUGAUCGGAAGAAAGGCCACAAAGUCCAAAAGGUGCGUGUUUUACGAGAAGUACGCCGAAAACCAUUACACAGAAUUUCUUUCGGCUUACAACGAGAGUUGGACAAUAGCAGUGUCUAAGAAGGGCAAAAUGAGGCCUGGGUACAAGGCACGAAGGGGCCAAAGAAACGCUCAGUUCAUUGAACGAGCUUCUAAGAUCAUCAUUCAAACAAAAAAUGUCCGUGAGUCACUCUAUCAUGGGCUCCGUGACCAUAUCGAACAACUCCUACGUGCCUAUAGAACAAGAGAAGGAGAUGAGAACAAGGAGAAACCGAGAAAAAUGCCACACCCUGGAUACAAUUCAGAGUCGUGGAAACGCAAAGCAAAGAUUAAGCGGAAGGAGAAAAAAAUGAAAUUGCGAUCUAAGAAGAGACUGAUGAAAUUGCUUCGCAAAGAACAACGCAGGGAAAGGCAAAAAGAUAAAUCUUAAGUAUUAUUAUUUGGUGUCCUUGUUCCUCUUAAGUGUAGCUGUUACUUGAGUUUUCGUCUUGCAGAUAUCCCUUCGUCAUGAAUUAGGAGCCUCUUCCUUUUUUCACUUUUCGGGUUUUCCUGAAUAUAUUUUGUCAACAUGCAAUCCUCUCGAAAGUUAGAAAGCAUUCUUUCGUUCAUCUAAGCUUCUGGUCAGCAACUCAUUUUGAUAGCGGCUAAAGAUCCUCGGCUUGGAUCAUUCAAAAACAUCAUACCCGUGUGUCGCAAAUUAAACAAAUGGGUAGUGGUGUCACGUGUUAGUAAGUCUUAAACAGGUUUAUUAUCAGACCAGCGACAAAUUUCGAUGUGAGCUUGUGGUCAGUCACGUGAGACACAAAAAGAGUAAAGUUUAUUAGUUUACCGCUACUUUUUUUCCUUACAAAAAUUCAAGAGCAGCUACAAGAUGGAAUAAUUUGGGGCCAGAGGAACCCCUCAUUAUUUUGAAGUUUGAAUAAUUGGCAGAAAUUGAUUCGACGGCAGCGCAACCGCCGCUGAAAAUAAAUACUUAUUUGACACAAAUGAAAAAGAACGUUCACUAGUACUUCAUUGUAACAGCUUUUGAUGACAGUCGAAAGGUUUAAAAGUCAUAGGAAAUCUAUGGAUCGCCACUGUUGCAAAGAGGCAUGUUACCCAUCAAGAUUCUUAAAAAACUCAAAUUAAACUUUUUGAGGAUUGUGAUUAGUAUCGCGUUUGGGGAAAUCUUGUCUGCAUAUUCGUCGGAUUGCUCACUUUUUUGCGUCAACGCCAAUGGUUAAACUUAGACAAUUUAUUUUUAAGCUUUGAUUAGCUCUAUAGUGCAGUGUCAUUUAUUUUGGGCAAUCAUGUAAAAUUUCAUAAGCGAAUUCUUGAGCCCAGUGACAGCAAUAAGUUUCAAGUUAAAAAACAUCUUUUUUUUAAAAAGGAGUACUUCUGUCCAGGCCCGGCUUAUAUCGUCAUUUGAUUUACUAGUAUCCACUCACUUUUUUUUUUUUUUAAAUCUCGCUUAAAUUCUCCCCCAGUUAUUGGAAAAGGUAGCAUCUCAAUGUCUUACAAGGAAUACAUAAUCGAAGAAGAUUUUUUAGGAAUACAAACAAGUGGAUAUAUUUUCGCUAUAGCAACGGAAGGAAGAGUUUUCGUGUCUUAGACCGGUAGGAGAAGUAUCGAUGUUAUUACUGACAUCCAAUUUUAUUAAAUAUCGUAUCAUAUUGAGAUUUACA